CACACACACACACACACAUACACACACACACACACACACACACACACACACACACACACACACACACACACAAUACAUAUCACUUAUUCGUUAUAAAGGGUUACUGUUAAUCCUCCUCUUUUCUCCUCUUUUCACUUUUCACUUCAUAUACUUCUUUUUCACUCACACACACGCAUGCAUGCUUGCACGUACACAGACACACACACACACACACACACACACACACACACACACACACACACCACAAACAAUGGUAUGUCAUAGGUUAUUGCAAAAUUCACAGUGUCAACUGCUGAAUCUCAGGCUUAAACAUUUUACACUCACACAUACAGUUUUAUGUUUUACAUGUCCAGCAUUUACAGAAGGGAAGGAAUGUAAUGUCCGCAACACUGAUAAAUUGCUCCCGGUUUAAUGAAAGAAUGCAACGUUUCGACCCUACAGGGUCUUCAUCAGGCAAAUGGUGACCAUUUAUCAGUGUUACAUUCCUUCCAUUCCAUAGUUACUCUCCAUUUGUCCUGCACCUGCAAGGUGGGAUGUGCACACAGCUACUCUUCUUGAACAGCAUUUACAGAACACAUGAGGUGUUAUCUGCUUCCCUCUUUGGUCUGUGUGUGUCCUUCUUUCUCCUACAGCCUGGAGAGCUGCAGUAUAACAGAUGAAGGCUUCAGAAUGUUAGCAUCAGCGCUGAGAUCAAACCCAUCAGCCCUCAGACAUCUCUGGCUGGGGAGGAAUCAGCCUGGACCCUCAGCACAGCAGCUGCUCUCUGAACUGAAGAAACAUCCAAACUGUAAACAUAUACAAAUAUAUGGAGUUGGUAAAGUGUUUAAUCCAGAGCUGCCGAGUGUUUCACAUGGGUCUGAAGUCAUCAGGGAAGAUUCCUCAGAAAACACUGUUCUGGACCAAGAGGAUUUGGAUUCUGUGGACAAUCCUGACCGGAGGACAGAUGUGAGAGGACUGUCUGGAGAUAUGGCUGAGUUGGACAUUUCGGCUGGUGAAACUCAGUGUAUGUAUGACAGACGACCAAACUGCUGCAAAUCCUGUGAAGAUGUUGAAGACACUUCCCACUGGAUCCUGUUGGAACCCUCUGUUUCCAUGGAGACAGGAGUGCCAGUGUAUACACACAGCUCUCCACCAGGAAGUUUUGAGUGCACAGCGUCUGGUUUGCGCUGGGUGUGUGCGGUUGAAGUCUCUCUAAAGUAUCACUUAAGUGACCCCCAUGUAUACGGAGCAGAGCUUGCCAUGUUGCAGUAUGAACCAAUUGGUCCCUUGAUGGACAUCAAAGUGCUCUCAGGUGAACUGUUGGAGGCUCAUCUGCCCCAUUUUGCCUGUCUGGAAGGUUCAGAUUCCUCUCUUAGAGAGGCUGUGAGAGUUCUGCAUGGGGUCGACAGCAGUGUAACUCUAGAGAAAUGUGAGCUGACCCGCUUCCACGCAAAGCUCCUCAAGCCCUCCUUCUCACUGACAGAAGUCCUGGUGAAAUUCGGAAUCCCAAUGAAAGCCCAUCUGGACGUGUUAAUCUACCGGACCAGAGUGACACCCCUGGUUCUUCUCACAUAUGUCGUGCCGCGGGAUGCAUCCAUGAUUCAGGCUGUUGAAAAGGAUUUGUUGAGGACACAAAAUGCAAAGGCGAUCAUAACACAUCGACCUGAUAUGUCCAUUUGGAUGCACACAAAGUUUAGCUUGAAGUCAUCUGCCAGCCAUGCUAAAAGUUCCCCAUCAGAGAUCACCCUAAAAUACAUUAGACCUCCAGACUUAUUCCGGUUGGUCAUUGAUAAAGCAGAUGACUGUUUUGAUUUGGAGCUGAUCAGUGAAGGACAGUCCAUAUGGAAAGCUACACUGGAAAGUUUUGAAUAUGGUGAAACUGGAGAUGUGGCACCCAGUCAUGAAAUUCCCUCAGCAGCAUCCGGACGUUCCCGAAGCGUGAUCCCCAGAGAAGCGGCUCACACGAGCAGAGCUGCCAGGGCCGAAGAGGAAGAAGGGAACAUGGCCUCCAUGUCACACCAAGAUCGACUGUCCUGUAUUCGGCCUGAUCUCAUCAAGCGGACGUCAGAAGGUGUGCUGAAAGGUCUGGUUCUAGGGCUUGAAUCCCAUCAACCUCCUGUAAUGCACAAUAUGGAGACACAAGUCAUCCUGCAGAGGACCAGCGUGCUGCAUGAGCAGGUGACCUCCCUCAUCGACAUGGUGCUGAAAAAGGGAGACACAGCGUGUGGCAUCAUGCUCUCUCUCCUUAAAGAACUGGACUAUUACUUUUAUCAAGACCUCAUCAAGAAAGCAUAGAACCUUAAAGCACGGAACUGUGAAGACCUAUAGGAAGAAACCCUCCCAGGGCAGGCUAGGUUCUUCUACACAUAGUGUGAUGUACUUUAAUGACCAACUUUUUUUAACGUCGACCAAUUCAAUGUCCAGUUCAGUGAGCAAGUAGCUCUGUUGAGAGAAACUCGAGGAGCGCUCAAAUUCGACAAGACCGUGUGCAGAGGGCUUGUCACUGUUACAGUAUGUGGUAGCCCAGAAGCUAUCUUGUCUAGGGCAGGCUAUAGGUUCUUCUACAGAUAGGGUGCCUCUCAUGCAGCGUUUAUACGUCCUCCCUCGCUCCUCGGGCCUCGAUCCUCACUGAUCUACAUAAAGAAAGAUAGAAGAAGGGAUAGACUAUCCCAUUGUUGUUCUUUAUGUAGAUCUGUGAUGUACUGUAAUGGCCCCUCACCCCCAAGGGCCACUGGAACUUGUAAUUACGUAAUUUCCCAGUGAAAUGAAGUGUCCCACACCAGCCCUGAUCUGGACUCUCCCUCUUCUCCAUCCCUUGACUUGCCGUGAACUGUUAUUCUAUUCUAUAUAUUCGUACUGUACGUAUUGCUGCACAGACAGUAUCCUAGUAACACUGUGCCUUUUGUACCUUAUUGUGCUGCAACUGUAACUGAUUUGUACCUUUACUGUAACUUGAUUGUUGUAAGUGGCUUUGAACAAAAGUGUCAGUGAAAUGACUAAAUGUUAUAAAGAAUGUGACUCCUGAUAGUGUUUAUCAUACGCCUAUAAGCAAUGUGACCACGCCUUCCUGGUAGUGUUUUUCAUGCGACUAUAAACAAUGUGACCACGCCUUCCUGGCUUCCUGGUAGUGUUUUUUUUAUGCGAUUGCCCUUCAGUUUGUUGUAAAGGCGCCCCCUGCAGGUGAGAGAGGGAAUGUCAUGACUCCACUGUACAGAUGUGCACAUUACAAUAUGACUGCUCAGGAAAAGAGAACAAACUGGAGAUGUGAUUAAUGUAGUAGUAGACUAUUGAUGUCAAUAUGAUAAAUGCAGAUAAGUAACGUAUGGUGGAGUUGUGAUUAUUGGAUACAUCACAGACGUGCCAGUGAGUGUGGUUUAUUCGUUUUGACAGUAAAACAUAUUUUUAAAUCCAUGAGAUGGUGAUGACUGCAGGUUUAGUGUGUUCUGCAGUUUGUUCCUGGUGACUGAGUGCUGUAAGAGCUGGUGUGGCCUGUGAACAGGUAUACAGAUGAAGA